CACUCCCACCCUCACCUCCGGUCCCUGUGCCCACACACAUUCAGCCUCCACUGACCAGUAACACAUUGUGCCAUGUCUGCCGCUAAGUGCUUGGUGUCUCUGAUGGUCGUGCUGCUGGCUGCGCUGUGCGUGGCUCAUGAGCACGGGAGGAUCAAGAUGUGCGGGAGAGAGCUGAUUCGUCUGGCUGUGUCAUCCUGUGGAAACUCCCGGCUAAGGAGAAGCAACCCGGACACAGAGCUGGGUCAACCUGAGCACAUUCCUCACUGGGAGCGGGACGCCUCCAGAGAAGAGAACCAGGGUUCAAAACAAGUCCACAGCCCUCCUCAGUCUGACAGGCAGACUGAUGUCUUCUCCUUGGCUCCUCACUGGUACCCCAUGUCCUCCCGGAUCAGGCGAAAUGCUAAAACAAUAUCUGACAUUUGCUGCGAGAAAGGAUGCAGCAUGAGAGAGCUGAUACAGUUUUGCUAGGUGCUGCACCUCUCACAUGACUGGCACUGAGAUGAAUUCAGAUAAUUCAGAUUUUGUUCAGCGCUCUGAGGUUGUGAGCUAAAAUCAUUUUGCACUGACCUGGAAACAGUGCACAGCAAUAAUAUAGAUACGGGAUGUCUUUAAUCAUUUGUUCCCUGUGCCAUGUGAAAGUGCAAAACUUAAAUAAAUAUUGUUGUGGAGAGAUUAUACCACUGAAAGUAUUGUAAUAUAAUUUAUUCAUCUGUUAACUGUUGAAAAAAGGGCUACAUCUACUAGUACUGUAAUAAAGCUUUUAAUGAUUAUUA